AAAGAAGUUGUAGCAGCGUUGGUAAGGAAAGCCACUUCAGGAAUUUCGCAUCAUCUUUCCACUUUUUAUGAUUUCCCCACACUCUUUCAUCUUCCCGGAAUUGAAACCAUAAUCAUAGCCUCAUACACCUCAAACUCCCACAUUCGAUUGCUUUUCUUUUCUCUUAAGCCUUCAACACAUAGCUACUGAGUCAUUCCAUGGCAGAUAAGCAGUUGAUAGUGGUCGUUGAAGGUACCGCAGCCAUGGGUCCCUUCUGGCAAACCGUCGUUUCGGAUUACAUUGAAAAGAUCGUUAGAUCUUUCUGUGGAAAUGAAUUAACUGGGCAGAAACCACCAACCUCUAAUGUUGAGUUCUCUCUGGUCACGUUUCAUACUCAUGGAUCAUAUUGUGGAUGUCUAGUACAGCGGACUGGGUGGACAAGAGAUGUUGACAUUUUUAUGCAAUGGCUUUCAGCUAUUCCCUUUUCUGGUGGUGGUUUCAGUGACGCUGCAAUAGCUGAAGGGCUGGCUGAAGCACUAAUGAUGUUCCCAACUCAGCCAAAUGGUGGCCAAAAUCAACAAACUAUGGAUAUGCAGAAGCACUGUAUUCUUAUUGCUGCAAGUAAUCCUUAUCCCCUGCCAACGCCAGUAUAUAGACCAGCAGUGCAAAAUUUGGAACAACACGACAAUGUUGAACCAGGGAGCUCUCAAUCUUAUGCUGAAACAGUUGCUAAAUCAUUUUCUCAGUGCUUCAUAUCUCUGUCAGUUAUUUGUCCGAAACAGCUUCCAAAGCUCAGAGCAAUUUACACUGCUGGAAAACGCAACCCACGGGCAGCAGAUCCACCUAUCGAUAAUGUUAAAACCCCCUCAUACCUUGUUUUGAUCUCUGAAAAUUUUGUGGAGGCUCGUGCAGCUUUAAGUCGUCCUGGAAUUACUAGUUUACCUGCAAACCAGAGUCCUGUGAAAAUGGACAUAUCUCCUGUUGUGCCUGUUACUGGACCACCUCCUACCACUACUCCAUCAGUAAAUGGACCUAUCAUUAACCGGCAGCCCGUUUCUGUUACUAAUGGCCCUCCUGCUACUGUGAAAGUUGAACCAAAUACUGUUACUUCUAUGACAAAUGGAUCUGGAUAUCCACCACAUAUGCCAUCGGUUGUUCGUGCAGCUUCACAGGGAGUCCCUAGCUUGCAGACUUCUUCACCACUUUCUUCUCAGGAGAUGAUCACAAAUAAUGAGAACACACAAGAUCUUAAACCUCUAGUGAAUGGUGUUCCACAGCCUGUACGGUCCUUGGGUCCUGCUAAUGUUAGCAUUCUGAAUAAUAUUUCUCAAGCACGAGUGAUGAGCACUGCAGCAUUAAAUGGAGGAACUUCCAUAGGACUUCCAUCUAUGGGUCAAACCCCAAUAGCCAUGCAUGUAUCCAAUAUGAUAUCCAGUGGAAUGGGAUCAUCUGUGCCUGCUGCACAAAAUGUAUUUUCAUCUGGUCAAUCGGGCAUGACAUCAAUAAAUGGGUCUUCAACACUCUCACAGGUUGCACCGAACUCAGGUAUAAGUUCACUUACUUCAGGAAAUAACAAUAUUUCUGGAAAUCCAAAUAUUGCCACUUCACAAGCAGUAGGAAAUCUCCAAGGUAGUGUUAGUGUGAGUCAAUCAGUACCUGGGAUUAGCCAAGGAAAUCUUGCUGGGACACAAGUGGUACAAAGUGGAAUUGGCGUGAGCCAAAAUGUUAUGAGCAACCUAACCCAACCUGGUGUUUCUUCUGGAAAUGGUACGAUGAUUCCUACUCCAGGAAUGCCUCAACAAGUUCAAAAUGGGAUGCAUUCACUUGGCGUGAACAAUGCAGCAGCUAACAUGCCUUUACCACAGCAUUCAGCAGGUGCUUUGCAACAAGCACAAUCCAAAUACGUGAAAUUUUGGGAGGGAAAUCUAUCUGGUCAGAGACAAGGCCAGCCUGUUUUUAUUACAAGAAUGGAAGGUUACAGGAGUGCUUCAGCUUCUGACAAGCUUGCUGCAAACUGGCCGCAGACAAUGCAAAUAGUUCGGCUUAUCUCACAAGAUCACAUGAAUAACAAGCAAUAUGUUGGAAAAGCUGACUUUCUUGUUUUCCGAGCUAUGAAUCAGCAUGGAUUUCUUGGUCAGCUUCAAGAAAAGAAACUUUGUGCAGUCAUCCAGUUACCAUCUCAGACUUUACUGCUAUCCGUUUCUGAUAAAGCUUGCCGCUUGAUAGGGAUGCUUUUUCCUGGGGAUAUGGUUGUGUUUAAGCCUCAAAUAUCCAGUCAACAGCAACAGCAGCAUCAAAUGCAACAACAACAAAUGCAACAACAACAAAUGCAACAGCAACUUCAACAGCAACAGCAACAUCAACUUUCUCAGUUGCAACAACAUCAACUUCCUCAGAUGCAGCAACAGCAGCAGCAGCAGCAGCAACAACAACAGCCACAACUUCCUCAUAUGCAACAACAGCAACAGCAGCAACAGCAGCAGCAGUCACAGCUUCCUCAAAUACAACAGCAGCAGCAGCAGCAGCAGCAGCAAACACAAUUAUCACAGCUUCAAAGCCAGCAGCAACCACAACUGUCACAGCUUCAAAGCCAGCAGCAGAUUCCACAAAUGCAGCAACAACAGCAACAAAUGGUCGCGGGUGGAAUGAGUCAAUCUUAUGUCCAAGGAGGGCGAUCUCAGUUAGUUUCACAGGGACAAGUCUCUUCCCAGGGUCAAUCUAACAUGUCUGCUGGAAACUUUAUGGGUUGAUUUGAACAUUCUAAUUUACCUCUUAAGUCUAUUGGUUUUGUUGGGAAUCUUGGUAUUAAUAAACAAUUUUUUAAUCGAUUUAGUGUAAUUAUGUUGUUUUAUAGUGAGUUUAUGUAUAUAUGACACAGUGGUUCCAGUAA